AUGUAAUGUUUAUGUCAAAGACUGCCGGGAAGUGUAAUAUUUUUGUCAACAGUUUAUGAUUAUAAAUCUAAAGGCAACACAUCAUCGGAAUACAAGGAUAUUUUUCGGGAGUUUAAAUUCAUCAACAUAUAGUUGUUUGGAUUCACUUCGUGAAAGAUGAUAAUUAUUCAGCUAGCGUUAGUUCUGGCAAUGCUACAGGCAUCGGGCGGCACCGAUGUACAGCUCGACGACCGUUACGCUUCUACACUGAAGCAAUUACUGUAUUCGUCAAACAACUGGAACAAACGAGACCUAAGUCCCCACAAUAAUGAAAAUACUAACAACAAUAAUCCACACAACAACGGUAAUGGAUACAACAACAACAACAAUAAUAACAACAACAAUAAUAAUCAACACAACAAUGGAAACAAACGAGACACUACUCCCAACAAUAAUGGGGAAAUAAUCCGCAUAAUAACGGAAAUGGAAACCACAACAACAAUAAUAAUAAAAAUAAUAAUAAAAAUAACAACAAUCCACAUAAUAACGGAAAUGGAAACACAAACAACAACAAUAACAACAAAAAUAACAACAACAAUAAUCCACACAACAACGGGAACAAACGAGACUUUACUCCCAACAAUAAUGGGGAAAAUAAUCCGCAAAAUAACGGAAAUGGAAACAAUAACAACAAUAAUAAUAACAAUAAUACAAAUCCACAUAACAACGGAAAUGGAAACAACAACAACAACAACAAUAAUCCACACAAUAACGGAAACAAACGAGACCUUACUCCCAACAAUAAUGGGGAAAAUAAUCCGCAUAAUAACGGAAAUGGAAAACAACAACAAUAAUAAUAAUAACAAUAAUAACAAUCCACAUAACAACGGAAAUGGAAACACACAACAACAACAACAACAAUAACAACAACAAUAAUCCACACAACAACGGGAACAAACGAGACCUUACUCCCAACAAUAAUGGGGAAAAUAAUCCGCAUAAUAACGGAAAUGGAAACAACAACAACAAUAAUAAUAACAAUAAUAACAAUCCACAUAACAACGGAAAUGGAAACACCAACAAACAACAAUAACAACAACAAUAAUCCACACAACAACGGGAACAAACGAGACCUUACUCCCCACAAUAAUGGGGAAAAUAAUCCGCAUAAUAACGGAAAUGGAAACAACAACAACAAUAAUAAUAACAAUAAUAACAAUCCACAUAACAACGGAAAUGGAAACACAACAACAACAACAAUAACAACAACAAUAAUCCACACAACAACGGAAACAAACGAGACCAUACUCCCCACAAUAAUGGGGAAAAUAAUCCGCAUAAUAACGGAAAUGGAAACAACAACAAUAAUAAUAAUAAUAACAAU